GUGCUACUCGAUAAAUAAGUGACUGGGAGUUGAGAAGUUAAGUCAAAAGAAAAGAAGCUUGAAAACUUUCUCAGAACAAGAGAUCGACGGAAAUGGAGAUGCAACAAAAGCUCGAAUGGAUCGAAGCGCAGAAAAUCGGAGUCAGUGUGGACCUUGUGGCUGCGGCCAAACGCCAGCUGAAGUUUCUCGCGGCUGUUGAUCGGAAUCGCAAUCUGUAUGAAGGACCUGUGCUCGACAGAGCCAUCUAUAGGUACAAUGCUUGUUGGCUUCCCUUGCUCGCUAAACAUACCGAGACGCCGGUUUGUGAAGGGCCUUUGGUUGUUCCUCUUGAUUGUGAAUGGAUUUGGCACUGUCACAGGCUCAAUCCUGUCCGGUACAAGUCUGACUGUGAGGAACUUUAUGGAAAGAUCCUUGACAACAGUAAUGUUGUGUCCUCUCUCGAGGACACUUGUAAGAAGGAAACCGAAGAAAUUUGGAAAAGUCUUUAUCCUGAAGAGCCCUAUACCUUGGACUUCAACAGGGCGUUGUCGGAGGAUGCUGCUGAAAAAACUUGUGUACUUGAAAAAUGCACCAAAUAUGACUUGGUUUCAGCUGUUAAAAGACAGAGCCCUUUCUCGUACCAGGUAUCAAGACCCCAUAUGAGCAAUGACUGCUUUCUCAAAGGAGCUGUGGCUAGGUACAAAGGGUAUCUGCAUCUGAUAAGAAGAAACAAGGAGAAGUCUUUAAACCGCUUCUGUGUUCCAACUUACGAUAUCGACCUUAUCUGGCAUACUCAUCAACUGCAUCCUGUAUCCUACUGUAAAGACCUGCGUAAAUUAGUUGGAAAGAUAUUGGAGCAUGAUGACACAGACUCAAACAGAACCAAAGGAAUGAAACUGGAUAACGGGUUUUCUGGCACUACCAAACAGUGGGAAGAGACAUUUGGUACAAGGUAUUGGAGGGCAGGAGCAAUGUAUAGAGGCAGUACUCCAACUCCUAUUACAAACACUCCUUUCUCAUCAAACAUGAUCAAAAAGGAGAUUGCUGCAUCAAAUGAGUAUCAAAAAAUGAUUGAGCUUCCAGAGGCGAAAUCUGUGGAGGUGGUUUUGGAGUUUGUUGAAGUUAGAAACUUACCGGAGGAGCACAAAGGAAAUCUAUUUGUCUCAUUUAGUAAAACACAACCUGAUGUACUUUUUGAUGCUCCUCGGAGACUGACUAUUUUGUCCGAGUCCAAAGAGAAGCAAGUUGCUUCUUUUGAGUGUGAACCUACUGGGGAGCUGCUCUUUGAACUCGUAUCUCAUUCACCUUCAACUUCACCAUUGACAAGGGCAUCGAAGACAUUGGGUACUACUGCACUCUCUCUUCAAGACCUUCUGGUCCCGGUCCCUAACCUAUCUGUGGAAAAAUGGUUAGACUUGGUGCCAAGUUCUGAAAAUGUGAACUUAAAGCCGAUUCGUCUGCGAGUUGCUAUCUCAUGCACUAUUCCAGUACCAAGACAACGUGUGCUUCACAUGGUUCGUGCCAAGAAUAGAAUGGAUGUCAUUGAUGAAACUGGUGCUAAACUCAUCCACCUCCGACUGAGGAAUUCUGAAAAGGCAAAAGCGAGGGAAAGCCACGGUCUUAAGAAGGAGGUGAUUGGAACAAUGAAGUCUGGUGAAACCCGCACUCUCACAGAAACUGUAGGCACUGGCUGGUCUUUGAUGAAUUCUCACUGGUCUCUUCACCCUAGUAAGAACUCUGGUGGAGAAAACCAUAUUUGUGAGCUUGUGGGUCACAAAAUGGUCAAAUUUUAUCCUGGUAGAAAGCUGGACUAUGAGCCUGAAGGUUGUGAGAAACAUAGAAAUGAACAACAUGUCGUUACUGCAGUUGAGUUCUCUGCUGAAGAUCCUUAUGGAAAAGCAGUCGCUUUGCUCAACCUAAAAUCUGGAUUUGUCAAGGUGAAGGAAGAGUGGAUGCUAGUUCCUAGUCUCAUAUCAUUUAUGAUAUUCUCGGAUGUGGUGAAGGAGCAAUAUGCUGGCUUUGUUGGUAAUGCCAAUAGUUUGGAGGAGACUAAGACUGUAGGCGGCAGCGGAUGUGGAAGUGGUUGUGGAAACAAGGUGAAUGGUGGCGGCUGUGGAAGUGGUUGUGGAAGCAAGGUGAAUAGUGGCGGCGGCGGAUGUGGAAACAAGGUGAAUAGUGCCGGCUGUGGAAGUGGUUGUGGAAACAAGGUGAAUAGUGGCGGCGGCGGAUGUGGAAGUGGUUGUGGAAACAAGGUGAAUAGUGCUGGUUGUGGAAACAAGGUCAAUACUGAGGGCAGCGGAUGUGGAAGUGGUUGUGGAAACAAGGUGACUACUGGCAGCAGCGGAUGUGGAAACAAGGUGAAUGCUGACGGUAGCGGGUGUGGAAGUGGCUGCGGAAACAAGGUGAGUGCUGGCGGCAGCGGAUGUGGUAGUGGUUGUGGAAACAAGGUGAGUGAUGGCGGCAGCGGAUGUGAAAACAUGGUGAGUGCUGAUGGCAGCGGGUGUGGAAGUGGAUGCGGAAACAAGGUGAGUGAUGGCGGCAGCGGAUGUGGAAGUGGCUGCGGAAGCAAGGUGACUGCUGGCGGCAGCGGCUGUGGAACCAAGGUGAGUGAUGGUGGCAGCGGAUGUGGAAGCAAGGUGAGUGCUGGCGGCAGCGGAUGUGGAAGUGGCUGUGGAAACAAGGUGAGUGCUGGCGGCAGCGGAUGUGGAAGUGGCUGCGGAACAAAGGUGAGUGCUGGCGGCAGCGGAUGUGGAAGCGGCUGCGGAACCAAGGUGACUGCUGGCGGCAGCGGAUGUGGAAGCGGUUGCGGAAACAAGGUGAGUGCUGGCGGCAGCGGUUGCGGAAACAAGGUGAGUGCCGGCGGUAGUGGGUGUGGAAGCAAGGUGAGUGCUGGCGGCAGCGGAUGUGGAAGUGGUUGCGGAAACAAGGUGAGUGCUAGCGGCAGUGGAUGUGGAAGUGGUUGCGGAAACAAGGUGAGUGCUAGCGGCAGUGGAUGUGGAAGUGGUUGCGGAAACAAGGUGAGUGCUGGCGGCAGCGGAUGUGGAAGUGAUUGCGGUGCUAAAUUUGCACAAUCUGAUACUCCAUGUGCUGAUGGAAACUCGAUGAUAAUGACAUCCCUCGAUGUCAAUGAGGCAAUAGCUGCUUGAUGUCCAUGUUCAUCAUGGGAAUACAAUGCUUCUAAAUAAAGUUCUUGUGAACUAUGAAGUGACAUUCUUCCCUGUAUGUCAUGAUCUAUAUGGUUUGAGUCUAUCUGUAACAUUGUGAAUAAUGAAUUUGGUGUGCGUAAUCACCAAAUCUGUAGCUUAAGAAAUCAUGUGUACUUCGUGAAUAAUGAAUUUGGUGUGUAAUCACCAAAUCUCUAGCUUUGGAAAUCACCAUGUACUUGUGUGGUGAAUGAUGAAUUUGGUGUGUGUAAUCACCAAAUCUCUAGCUUGAGAAAUCAUUAUGUACUUGUAUGCUCAUAUCUAUGUUUUGUAAAAUAAAUUCUAAAUAAUGCAAGUGUUUCCUUGCAAGAUUGUCUGGAUUUACUUGAAUGAAAUUACGGUUCGUCAUUUGGCUUUAA